AUGCAACUUUCCUAUAUUGAAGUUGUUCUUCCUGUUUCUGCUACUGCUGCAGACUUAGUCUUAGCUGUCUCAGCCGAAAUGCGGAGGAAUGGAAUGACUCUUAACGAAGCAAAAUUACAAGAAGCAAACAAUUUGACAGUGAAACAAAUAGUCGAAGAAGGUCGACUUAUCUGUUUGAUGGAAUCAGUAAAAGUACCCACAGCUGAAGUGGCGAGUCCAAAGAGAGAGUUGGGGAGUUGUCAUUGUUGCAAAACACGAAAAGAAGUGAUCUUUCAAUGUACUACUUCGAAGUUUCAUAGACUCUGUGGUCGGUGUUCUAAGAAAUUUGCUGGUGUUGUUGGAUGUCCUAUAUGCAACGGAGAGUGCACUUGCGCUCAUUGUAAACGAACUCACACUCUUUAA